GGAGAAGACGGAAUGCUUUACGAGCACCGGCGCAAAGCUGUCACCGAACCUCGACUGAAAGCGGCGGCGAGCGUCACCGAUUUCCCACUUACUUCGCAGCCGAUGUUGCCGGAAAUACCGGCGGCGCCACCGCCUCGGCCGUAAAACUACAGCGGCCACAUUCUGAUCCGCCGACGAUGUCACUAGCCAAGUCCCAAGCAGCCACGAUUCGGGAGCUGAAGCACCGAGUCCUGACGUGCCUGAACAAGCUCUCCGACCGCGACACCUACUCCGCUGCCGCCUCCGAACUCGAGGUCAUCGCUAAAAAUCUCAGGCACGACUCUAUACCGCUGUUCCUAUCUUCCAUCUCUGCCACCGACAGCACCGACAAGUCGCCGGUGCGAAAACAAUGCCUCCGACUUAUCUCUCUCGUCUCCGAAUCUCACGGUGAUGCGCUCUCGCCUUACCUCUCCAAACUGGUAACUGCCGUCGUCCGCCGCCUUCGUGACACCGACUCCGCCGUCCGCUCCUCCUGCGUCAUCGCCAUCGCCUCGAUUUCCUCUCACAUCACCAAACCUCCAUUCACGUCGGUAGUGAAGCCCUUGGUCGAUGCUUUAGUCACGGAGCAAGACAUUAAUUCUCAGAUCGGCGCUGCCUUGUGCCUCGCGGCGGCAAUCGACGGCUCGCCUAAUCCGGACAUUCUGUACUUGAAGAAGUUGUUGCUGAGGCUUGAGAGGUUGCUGAAAUGCGACAUUUUCAGGGCAAAGUCUGCUCUAUUGACGCUUUUUGGUAGCGUAAUCGGAGCCGGCGCUGCUCCCACUGUGCAAACAUUGAGAAAUUUGGUGCCGCUUUUGGUUGAAUUCAUCAGAUGUGAUGAUUGGGCUGCGAGGAAGGCUGCCGCAGAGACGCUGAUGAAGUUGGCUGUGGUCGAGAGGGAUGUCUUGCCGGAGUUUAAGGCUGCAUGUUUGAAGACUUUCGAGGCUAAGAAAUUCGAUAAGGUGAAAAGUGUGAGGGAGACCAUGAAUCGGUUGGUGGAAACUUGGAAAGAAAUUCCUGAUGUUUCAGAUGAGAGGCCGCUGCCCGAACCUCGAUCUUCUACCAAAGAGGAUGCCAGUGAUGAUGGACAAUAUCCACCUGGUUCCAAGAUUUCCUGCAUUAUUACUUCUGGAGCUCCUCAAAUGAGGAAGAAAAGCAUUCUAGGUAACCGGUCUGCUUUGCCUGAUGGGUCGGUUGCAACAACUGCCAGGAAAACAAGUUCUCCAGACAGUACUGAUAAGAGACCAGGUCCAGCAAUGUUCCGAAAACUGGAUCGCAAAAAGUCCCUUAACUGGAAAAUAGAGAUUGCUUCUCCACAUGAUCCCUCCACAAUGUUGGUUUAUGAUGAUGAACAUAAGGGAAAAGAUGAGAGUUUAGAGAAAGGCGAGAAGCUGAGAAGUAGAUUUAUAAAGCCAGAGACAAGACGGGCUCUGUUCAAUAAGAAUGCUGGUGACAAGAUGCCCAAACUUGAUGCUGCCAAAUCAGGAUCUCGUGUGGUUCCAUGUCAUGAUGCAGAUUUGGAACCCACUGGUGUAUUUAGUAACACUAAGGAGGAUGUUCAUUUGAACCAGAAAGAGUACGAGGAUAUUUCUUUGAUUCGCAAGCAGCUUGUUCAUAUUGAAAACCAGCAAUCUAACUUAUUAGAUCUUCUUCAGCAUGAAACUUACUUCACAUUCCACCCAUGCCUAAUCCAGAAAUUCAUGGGGAGCUCACAAGACGGGAUGCGAUCUCUUGAGACACGGGUCUGUGGGUUGGAGUUAGCAUUGGAUGAGAUCUCUUACGACUUGGCUGUGACAACCGGAAGGAUGUCAAAAAUUGGCUAUGAGGGAACUACAUGUUGUAAGCUACCGGGUGCAGAUUUUUUUAGUCCAAAGUUUUGGAAGAAAAAUGAGCCUAGACAUUCAACUCCUGGAGACACACCACCACCAACUGCCAACCGUAACAUGGCCAAUGGCUACAGCAGUGGUGAAAGGUUCAAACUGGAGAACAGGAGAUUUCAGCAUCGAGGUGGUGGUGGGUUUAUUAUGAAUCCUUUGGCCGAGGUCCGCAGCUUAUCCCAUGGGAUGCCAGAAGGUUCUUCAAAUAGAGUUUCAAAUAAUGUUGAAGAUGCUGCAUGAACGCCACUGGUGACUCUUUUAUCUCCUAUUGAUGUGAUGCUGAAAUUGAAUGAUAGAAGAUCUGGUAGCUGUGAGCUGCUGGUUAUGUAACCCCUAUUAUGUUAUACAAAUGUUGGUGUUAUGAUGAGCUAGUGCUUUAUCUGAUCACCAAGCCAAACCAAAACAUUACAGUAUUUGAAGAUUAAUACAUGGGGUACUUCCAGCAAGGGAAGGUCAAAAGGCCACUACUACGGGUUUCAGACUCUAAAUGAGACCCUGUAUAGAGAAGAAACACUCUUUGUUCACUUCAUUUUACUUUUAUAGUUCUUUUUUGAUUC